GGCUUCAGUUUCAGAAUACUUGGGAGGAACGGAUUUGGGUGGUGUUGGAUGAAUGGUCGUUAGCGCUCUCUCCCGCCACACUCUUCUCACUGCUUCCUGCACUUCAAUGGCGUCCUUCUUGCCAUCUCCUGCUCCGUUCCUUCGCAUUGCUCCUGUUUCAUCUUCUUACCGCCUAAUUUCAAAUUUUCAGAAAUGGAACAAUGGAGUUUUCGGGAUAUGGAAUCUCAAAGCAUUUCCCUUAAAUUCAAUGAACUUCAAAAGGAGGAGAAGUUUAAUAUAUGCAGUCAAUCAAGAUGCUGAGGAAGCAUUCAAGAAGACUGUAGAAGUUGAUAGACUGAUAGAUGCCCUGAGGGAUGCAAGUUCAACAGAGCUUCAGAAACUUGUUCUUCAAAAUGUCCUUGCUUUCAACGAGGGUUUCUGGAUUCGACUAGCAGCAAGGACUGAUACGUGCAAAUCAGAGGAUGAUAAAAAAGAUUACGAGGAAUUGGCUGCCUCAGUAAUGAGUAUAGUUGAUCACCUAGUCCAUAAAACUAAGGAAAAAAUAGAAUCAGCUACUGAUAUUCUCAAGGACAUUCUAAAACCUGUAGUUGACGAAGUGGAAGAGAUUGCUUGGCCCCCCAGGGAUCCUGAGGCUCUGAAGCUAAUGGAAAAGGAAAUAAUCUAUCGGGAGCAAGAAGGGCAACUAGAUGAAGGCUUUCUCGCUGAAGUUAGUGCUCAAUUGCGCCAAGCAAAAGAAGAUGGAGACAAGCCAGGGUUAGAGGCUAUGUUACAAAAGGUUUUGCAACUUUACGCAUCCAGAGUUCUUUCUAAGAGAAGUUAUGCAAAGAAAGGAGAGGAGGUCUUGAAAGCUGAACUGUUUUUAGAAACCAUAAUCAAAGCUCCUGAAGAAGAGUGGAACAAGCUCUUGCUUAAUGGAUUGACAAUUGGGAAAGGUGAGAUUUCACCAGAUGAACUGGAUGGUGUCAUCAAGAAACGAAUCGAGCGAACUCUAAUACGAACAGAGGGAGGAUCUUACCAGCAGCGUGUGCUCACUGAGUAUCUAAAAGGAAUCCAAUCAAGGUCAGAGGAGAUAGUCCAGUUGCUUCAAGGCAAGACACAGUAGCUCGAGUCGCCCGCUGUCGUAAUGAUUCUAAUGAAUGGAUACCACAAGGUGUGGCUGACAAAGUGGAAGCAAAUAUGGGACCUUUUCAUUUACACUCAGAUUGAACAUGAAAAUUGAAUCCUUCAAGUUGUUGUAUUCUAAGGUACGCCCAGCUAUGUUGCAUCAUGAGCCUUGCUCCUUAUUUUUUGUCGUUUAUUUUUAUAGUCUAUUAUUUUGACUAAUUAAAUGUUUUGAAUGAACGUAUUCAAACAUAUAUUCUCUCGUUU